AUGUCUGAUUACGAGGACGCCGACGACACCCAACAGCGGCAACCGUUGCCUUCACGUUAUACGCCGGACGGAAAGAAAGACCGGUGGUCCAGGCUGUGGCUGCACCGAAGUGGUGGCUCCGAUAAGGUUCACAACGACGAUGACGGUGUCGAUCCGGACCAAGGCGUGGAAGCCGGGCUACCGCCGCUGCCGGACAAUCUGAGAGAAGAGGGAAAGCGCAGCAAGGGACGCGGACCGGGCAGCGACCACCUGCGGCAGCUGCACGACCACCGACCGAGUAUAAUAUAA